AUGUUCAGUCCAUUUCGUUCUCUCUCGCUCGUUCUCUCUCUCCCGUUCUCUCUCUCCCGUUCUCUCUCUCCCGUUCUCUCUCUCCCGUUCUCUCUCGCUCGUUCUCUCUCUCCCAUUCUCUCUCCCGUUCUCUCUCGCUCGUUCUCUCUCUCCCGUUCUCUCUCUCCCGUUCUCUCUCUCCCGUUCUCUCUCUCCCGUUCUCUCUCUCCCGUUUUCUCUCUCUCGUUCUCUCUCUCGUUCUCUUUCUCGUUCUCUCUCGUUUUCUUUCUCUCUCGUUCUCUCUCUCUCUCUCUCUCUCUCUCUCUCUCUCUCUCUCUCUCUCUCUCUCUCUCUCUCUCUCGUUCUCUCUCUCUCUCUUUCUUUCUCUCUCUCUCUCUCUCUCUCUCUCUCUCUCUCUCUCUCUCUCUCUCUCUCUCUCUCUCUCUCUCUCUCUCUCUCUUUUGUUCUCCCUCUCUCUUGUUCCCUCUCUCUCGUUCUCUCUCUCGUUCUCUCUCUCGUUCUCUCUCUCUCUCUCUCUCUCUCUCUCUCUCUCUCUCUCUCUCUCUCUCUCUCUCUCUCUCUCUCUCUCUCUCUCUCUCUCGUUCCGUUCUAUCACCAGCAGCUGCAGCGAGUUGGCAGUUGCCUCUGCCCAGCCGUACUAAUAAGCUGCAGCGAGUAAGCAAGUGGGGGCGAGUCCCUCUCUGUUGUUCCCCUCCUCUCUCCACUGUUCCUCCCUUCUCCCCCUCACGCCUCUCUCUCCAUGGGUUCUAUUGCAAGCAGCUGCAGCGAGUUGGCAGUUGCCUCUGCCCAGCCAUAGUGAGGCAUGCCCCUUUCCGCCGUUCCCUUUCCCCCCCCCCUCACUCCGCUCCCCCUCACGCCUCCCCUCGUCUCUCCAUGGGUUCUAUCGCCAGCAGCUGCAGCGAGUUGGCAGUUGCCUCUGCCCAGCCGUACUAG